AUGGAUCCCACAAGAGCUCCGGAUUUCAAACCGCCAUCUGCAGACGAGGAAUUGAUUCCUCCACCCGACCCGGAAUCUAAAAUUCCCAAAUCUAUUCCAAUUAUUCCAUACGUCUUAGCCGAUGCGAAUUCCUCUAUAGAUGCACCUUUUAAUAUUAAGAGGAAGAAAAAGCAUCCUAAGCAUCAUCAUCACCAUCAUCACAGUCGUAAAGAAGGCAAUGAUAAAAAACAUCAGCAUAUUCCAUUGAACCAAGACGACUUUCAACCACUUUCCGCAGAAGUGUCUUCCGAAGAUGAUGACGCGGAUUUUAGAUCCAAGGAGAGAUACGGUUCAGAUUCAACCACAGAAUCAGAAACUAGAGGUGUUCAGAAAUAUCAGAUUGCUGAUUUAGAAGAAGUUCCACAUGGAAUCGUUCGUCAAGCAAGAACCUUGGAAGACUACGAAUUCCCCUCACACAGAUUAUCGAAAAAAUUACUGGAUCCAAAUAAACUGCCGUUAGUAAUAGUAGCAUGUGGGUCUUUUUCACCAAUCACCUACUUGCAUCUAAGAAUGUUUGAAAUGGCUUUAGAUGCAAUCUCUGAACAAACAAGGUUUGAAGUCAUAGGUGGAUAUUACUCCCCUGUUAGUGAUAACUAUCAAAAGCAAGGCUUGGCCCCAUCCUACCAUAGAGUACGUAUGUGUGAAUUGGCCUGCGAAAGAACCUCAUCUUGGUUGAUGGUGGAUGCAUGGGAGUCAUUGCAACCUUCAUACACAAGAACUGCCAAGGUCUUGGAUCAUUUCAAUCACGAAAUCAAUAUUAAGAGAGGUGGUGUAGCUACUGUUACUGGAGAAAAAAUUGGUGUGAAAAUAAUGUUGCUGGCUGGUGGUGACCUAAUAGAGUCAAUGGGUGAACCAAACGUUUGGGCGGACGCCGAUUUACAUCACAUUCUCGGUAAUUACGGUUGUUUGAUUGUCGAACGUACUGGUUCUGAUGUAAGGUCUUUUUUGUUAUCCCAUGAUAUUAUGUAUGAACAUAGAAGGAAUAUUCUUAUCAUCAAGCAACUCAUCUAUAAUGAUAUUUCUUCCACGAAAGUUCGUCUAUUUAUCAGACGCGCCAUGUCUGUACAAUAUUUGUUACCUAAUUCGGUCAUCAGGUAUAUCCAAGAACAUAGACUAUAUGUGGACCAAACCGAACCUGUUAAGCAAGUUCUUGGAAACAAAGAAUGA